ACAAAACAGCGAAGCGCGUUGCCGAGCACACGAAAUAGAGACCAGAGUCGGAGUCAAAAUCUGAAACAGAAACAGAAUCAAAAUCAGAGUUAAACAACGCUGUCAACGAGAAAGCCAGCGAAAUAAAAGUAAAACUAAAAUAAUACUAAUAAAAAUAAAGCCAACAAUAAUACAAAAUGUCCAUCUCCGAUUUUCGCAAGAAGAAGCUGUUGUUUCUGUUCAAUGUGUUCUUUGAUGUGAACCAAAGCGGCGAAAUUGACGUUAAGGACUUCGAGCUGGCCAUCGAGCGCGUCUGCAAACUGCGCGGUUGGGAAAAGGACACGCCAAAGAACAAGGAGACUUACGAUGUCAUGAUGGAAAUUUGGACUGGACUGCGAUCGAAGGCGGACAAGGAUAACGAUGGCCAGGUCAGCGUGGAUGAGUGGUGCAACAUGUGGGACGCCUAUGCCAAGGAUCCCAGCAGUGUGAUGGAUUGGCAGAAUGCGUACAUGAAUUUCAUGUUCGAUUUGGAGGAUGCUUCCCAUGAUGGCGGCAUCGAUGUGACGGAAUUUACGCUCGUCUGCUCCAGCUAUGGCGUUGACAAGAAGGAGUGCGAGGAGGCAUUCACCAAAAUGGCCCAAGGACAGAGCGAUGUGACACGGGAACAGUUUGCCGCCUUGUGGAAGGAAUACUUUGCUGCCGAGGAUGCGAAUGCGCCUGGCAACUUCAUUUUUGGCAAGACCGCAUUCUAACUGCUGUAUCGAAAUGAUAAUGAUAAUGAUGAUAAUGAUAAUGCCUGACUUGGUUUGGUGGUUUAACUCUAGUAUUUAAAAUGUACAUUCUAAUUUACUCGCUAAAUUCCAGACCAGUUAAAAUAUAAAGAAAGAGAGUCUUCAACUUUGUUGUUAAUUAAAUGUUGUCAAUUGUAAUUCAACCUUUUGCCCAAUUCAAUGUUCUAAUUUCGUAGCCUAAUUUGUUAAAUGAAUAAUGAAAAAUGAAAAUGUCUCUAUUUAUCUUUUAUAUACUAAACACAAGUAUAAGCUCUAUUUAGAUUUGUGUAAUCGAAUGCAUAUUGUUGAUGCGUAAAUAAUUCAAUUAAACCAAUUAAAAUGUCAAAUUGUUUUGUGUGUGUAGUUCUAGUUUUAUCGUCGCAUCUCUGGCGUUCAAAAAUAUAAAUGUAAAGUGUUCCAACAAAUAAAUGCUCAACAUCUACAACAACAA